AUGUCUGGCAGCGGCUCUACGCUCGGCAGCCACAAGGACUGCCUACGGCUCUACUGCGCGAGGGAAGGCCUCGAUCCGAAUGCGAUGGGGGUCCUCUUUCCGAGUGGUACGGUAAUGGUCGAGGAUUAUCUCAACGCUAUGGGGCAAGACCGUGACACUGCAUAUGGUCAUUCAUUCGACCAGGAGGGGUCUCAUGGUCAGCAGGACCAAGAAAUGCAUGAGAAGGAUGAAGUCAACGGGCUUUUGACUGCUGUGCCCGUGCCCGAGCCAGCACCGCGAACUGGCUCAUUGGUCUCGCUACCUAUGUCAUCUCUUUCCUCUCUGGAAUCGUCCUUCGUCGAGCUAGAGAUAAAGCGAGAGAUAAAGAUCGAGGAGGAGGAGGUACAGCUCUGGCCAGAGGCGCCGAACGCCAUUAACCGCGCCGUGUCUCCUACCCCUCCUCCCAUCCGUCGUCCUAUGCCUCUUCCAGUACCCAGGACACGAUUCAUGCCACCGGGUAUCCUCCCCGCAGCCGGCUCGCUUGGCCAUCUCUCCGGGCGGCCCAUGGUCCAGCCCUUCCACCCGAUGCCGCUCUAUGCAUCUCGUCCCGUUCCUGCGCCGAUCCCUUACCCUUACCCUUACCCAUCUAUUCGGCAUAACGGAUUCCACCUGGUGUUUCCGCCUCCCGAUUUCACGCAGCCGCCCAAUCCCUACGCGAUGGCGAUCGGCGCCGUCACGCCACAAGCGCCGGAUGGCCCCUUUAGCAGACCCAUGCCGAUGCCUUUGGAGUCCAGCGGGAUGCAAGAGGUCCUCUCACCUGCGUCGGUGCCGCCUCUGUUUACGCCUGACUGUGAUGAGGCGAUGGGAGUCGCCAAUCCGAUAAUGGUCGAGGACAGGGACGAGUUUGUCCCUCAUUAUGACUUCAUGAACAUCGUGCCCCCGCCUGUUCGCGUUGUGGUGGCCAAGGCGUAA